AAUUUUACUGAUUACUCGGGGCAUUAAAUCUGAGUUGGACACCGAAACAAAUAAAGUUUAGUAGUCAUAGCUGAUUAUAUGUAUAAUUGUUUUAUAUAUAAUUCAAAGGGACGACCAUGUAUAUUGUAAACAGGAUUACAAUAUGCUUAAUGGUUUCCCUGUGUCUAUGUUCAAACAGAGCCGAUGGACAAGGGAAUUAUUUUCAAAUGUUACUUCAGGGACUUUCUAAGUCACAAGUGCCAUCUAGCGGGAAUAUAUUGUCAGCCGCAGGAUCUCUUUUUAGAAACUACCAGGAUGAAAUUAUCGGUUAUGUUGGACAAACGUUGACCAGUGGAUUAGAAUCCGUGAGCCCAAAUACCACGAAUAACCUCUGUCUAAAUCACACGGAAUUGUUUAUCAAAGCACUACUCCGCCGCGAGAACUGGGCGCUGAGAAUGGUAGACGCAUUCGGUAAACCAGGAACGGGAAUCCUUGACUACAGCGUAAACUGGAUUGGAAACUAUGAUGAGUGUAUUGCUAUUCAAGCCACUGCCUACCAAAACCCUGUCGCAAAAGAAGGGCCAAGUACACCGUACACUGGAAAAUACUGCACUGCAUCAUUCCCGUUCGGCCCUCCGACAAGUAUGGGACAGCUGGCAUUAAAACUUGGGCUUUGUGUUCCCGACUCCUGUUCAAAAAAAGACAUCACUGGAAUUGUUAACGCAGUGACAGACUUGAUUCCUCAGAACAUGACGAACAUUCCAUUACCAACGGCAAACGUCGAUUGUCAGGAGAAGUCGCUAGAAUUUACAGACAAGGCUUUAGCUGUCACGAUUGUUGGUGGAGUAUUUGUAGCCUUGAUAUUAAUAGCAACUGCAUACGAUAUCAUCUUUCAACAUUGUCUGUCGAAAGCACCUGAAAAUAGUCAUGCGAACAAGUGUUACCUUAAGUCUUUCAAAGGGAUAGAAAAUGGUGCAUUUGAUCAUCCGAAGGCAAAAGAGAGCAUGGAAAAUGAACAAACCGAAGUGGUUCAAACUGAAAAAGAGAAAAAUGGUUUUACGGAUGUAGAAAAUACCGCAAUAGGCAGACAGAAUUCUCCAAAACCUUAUAAACCAGGUAUACCUGGAAACUUACUGCUCUCAUUCUCUCUAUACACAAAUGCCCCAAAGAUCUUGAACACUAACCAACCUAAAGGAACACUGACAAGUGUCAAUGGGAUACGUUUCCUUAGCAUGUCAUGGGUUAUUUUAGGACACACAAUUGGAUUUGGAAUUCCUCAUACAAGCAAUGCGUCGACACUCGUACCGAAAUUGUUCAAGCGAUUCACCUUCCAGGCAAUUCUAAAUGGCACCGUCUCUGUUGACACGUUCUUUGUGCUCAGUGGCUUGUUGGUAUCAUAUAUAUCGUCGCGUGAGAUGAAGAAGAGAGGCGGAGCUUUAAAAUUCAACUGGCCUAUGUUCUAUUUUCAUAGAUACUGGAGGUUAACGCCCCCGUACAUGUUACUUCUCAUGCUUUAUGUGCCAACGUACAAGUAUUGGGGAGAUGGACCAGCCUGGCCACAAAAUGGGAUAGAGAGAAAUGAGUGCGAAGACACAUGGUGGAAAAAUAUUCUCUAUAUUAACAAUGUGUAUGAAGCAGGUGGAUACAACCAGUGUUUAGCUUGGGGCUGGUACCUAGCAAACGACAUGCAGUUUUAUGUCAUCAGUCCAAUCAUGCUGGUCCCUCUUUAUUAUUCUUCUGUGGCUGGUGGAGCUGUGUGUCUAAUACUGAUACUUGUAAAUUGUAUAGGCAGUGGCUUGAUAUCAAGCCAUUAUGGCUUUGCCUCGAAUGUCUUGUUUGAGCAGGACAGUGUGGGUAUCAUGACUAAGAUGCACUUUACACCUUGGACACGCAUCGGACCGUACGUUGUGGGUAUUUUCACUGGAUAUCUACUGUACAAAACAGAGUGUAAAGUGAAAAUGUCAAAGCUGACGAACAUGAUGGGGUGGACAGUAGCAACAGCGGUAGCUAUGUCUGUACUUUACGGUCUAUAUACACCCGAUGGCACACCUCCUGACCUUUCAAACGCGGUAUCUGCCUUGUACAACGCCACAUCUAGAACUGCAUGGGGACUGAGCGUUGCCUGGGUGAUAUUUGCCUGUGCUACUGGAUAUGGAGGUCCUGUUAAUGCGUUAUUGUCAUGGCGUGCUAUUAUACCGCUAAGUCGACUUACAUACUGUGCUUAUCUGAUUCACCCAAUUGUGUUGUACUCUUACAACAGGAGUCUAAGGACGUUAAUGUACUGGAACGAUCUGGAAAUGAUUUAUCUUUUCCUUGGAAAUAUCUGCGUAUCCUUUGCUGCAGCAUUUGUGCUGUCCUUGGCAUUUGAAUCCCCAAUGAUGGGCCUGGAGAAAGUCUUGCUGGGAAGGAAGAAGAAUAGUUAAUAUCUGAUACAGCCGAGUAACUGUUAUAUUGUGUGUAAAAUCUACGGGUUUUAAUACUUUACAGUAGCUAGCUCGGCAAAGCCCUGUACGCGACUUUAGUUUGAAACUGAAAGUAAUUUUUGCUCCAGAACUAUGGUAGGUUUUUAACCAAGAGGUAGUAGAAUGAUUAAGUAAAGUGAUUUUGAAGAAAGUCAUACUUAUCUAUCUUUUUUCAGUCAAUUGUUAAUGCUGUUGAUUAUGUAAAUAUCGGCAAUGACGUUUAAAAACUAUGAUCUAAAGUGAUUGCCAAGUAUUAUGGUCCCUCAUGAGAAGAUUUAAGGUUAUGAUUUUUAAAACAUUUGUUUGAUGAUAUCUAUAAUAGUAAGUCUAGAUAGUUUGCUGAUUUAUUUAUUUAUUAAAAUUGCCGAAAAUAUAACCUAUAUUAGUGUGUUUGGAUACUUUUAUCCCUAACUUUAGAACUGUUACAUAAUUUUGAAAGGAGGAUGUAUCAUUAAAAUGAAGUUGUUUCGUGAAACGCUGGUAAUCUAACUCGAAAGGCUUUUCAUAAUAAGUACAACCUUUCUGGUAGACCAAAUAUAACAAGUGAAUGAAGUAUUGCAAUGCAAUACAAAUUCCCCUACUGGAAGGUGACUAUUGUCUCAACUGCAGUAUUUCCUAAUGAUCUGAUAUCUAUAAAAUAGUGUGCAAUAUACUAUUGACUUCAGUAUUACUCGUACGCAGAAGUAUUUUUUCCGCAUUUGGAUUAUAAGUGCUGCGUUGUCGGCAAACUCAGUAGCUUUCUCAACACUGUUAAAUAACCUGAUAGAAUUAUCAAGCAGUCUUUUUGGUACAUCCGUUUCAAAUAAAUCAACAUGUCUAUAUUGAUCU